AUGGAUGUCGGAGAGUUGAGGAAUCAAAUUUACGUACCGACAAAAGUCGGAAGUCCGCAAAAUUUUAGGACGACCAAGGAUAAGAUGGCAGGACGACGUAGAUCAAAAUUAGGCGUUGGAAAUUUGUGGAGAAAAUUGGCUGUGCUAAUUCUAGUAGCCGCAACAUUUGCUCAAGAUUAUUAUGAUGAUGAACCUCAACCUUCACCUAGAGCCAGACCUGCACCUGCUAGAGUUCAACCGGGUUAUUCAGGACCGAAUGAACCGAGAGCCACUCCAGUUCCAAUCCUCAAACAAAUCAAUAGGCACAACGAAGAUGGUUCAUACACAUAUGGAUAUGAAUCAGCCGAUGGUACAUUCAAAAUUGAAACAAAACUUCCCACAGGAGACGUGAAAGGAAAAUACGGUUACAUUGAUGACACCGGUAAAGUACGCGUCGUAGAGUACGGUGCCACCAAAUACGGAUUCGAUCCCAGUGGCGAAGGUAUUACAGUACCGCCGCCGACAUUGGUGGACGAAUCUCAAAAAGAAGGACAACAACAAGACUUAGAUUACUACGAACCACAAACUCGAGCUCAAAUUCCACCAAGAAGAGCUCAAGUCAUCAGACCAAAACCUCAACCUCAACCUCGACCACAGCCAUCUUUCCAAGAGUAUUCUCCUCCACAACAGUUUGAACCUGCACCUGCACGUCCAGCUGCAGGCCCAGCUCAAAUUGAUUUCGAUUUCGGACCUCCUUCUCGACCGGCACCGACAAGAGCGUUCGCUCCAGUAUCGGCUCCUCGUCCUAGACCUCUUCAAAUACCAGGAGCACAGCCCGCUCCAAUCAACGAAGAUUUUGAACCAGCUCCUAUCAGAACUCAACCUAGAGUAACUUAUGCUCAGCCUGCUUCGGCUCCUUCAAGACCAGCUCCUGUUGCUUUCGAAAGACCCGCUCCUAGAUUCUCACCCGCGCCAGCCCCCGCGCCAGUAUAUCAGCCUAGACCUGCACCGUCUAUACCAUCUGCGGGCAGAUCCGGAGGAAUUUUGGAUCAGUUGAGUAAGGAUUACGCUUUACCAUCUGGAGGAGCAGCGCCUCUGCACGAUAUCAGUUUCGGGUACUAUUAA